UUGAACCCAUUUACUCGUAUAUUUUCCACUCUCCAGAAUCCUCCAAUUACUUCCUCUCCAAAUUUUCUCUGCAAAAACCGCCUUUACUUUCUCUCCAAUGACAAACCAACCACGCCCUGCCACCGGCUAUCCGGCCCCACCCCAAAACGGUUACCCACCACCGCCACAACCACAAUCCAACUACUAUUACCCAAACCACAAUCCUUACAACCAUAACGCGCCGCAAGCAUACUACCCUGCUCAGCCACGCGCCACCUUCUUCCGCCGCUUUUUCGCAGCACUCAUCGCUGUUUUCAUCAUUUUCGGCGUCAUUCUCCUCAUCGUUUGGCUCGUACUCCGCCCUCGCGUCCCGUCUUUCAGCGUCGAUUCUCUCACUCUUACCUCCCUCAACACCUCCACCUCUCCUUCCCAAAUCUCCGGCACUUGGUCCUUCCACUUCUCCGUCGCUAACCCUAACCACAAACUCCACGUCUAUUACGACGAAAUCGAGGCUCGUUUGUUCUACCGGAACUCGUUGCUUUCUCAGAAUCAACUCCCGCCGUUCGAUCAGGGUACCAAGAGUAUAACUACCAUGGAUGCUCAUCUUGUAGCUUCUUCUGCUUACCUUAAUUCGGAUUUGGUGAACAAAUUAAAGGAUGAUCGUUCAAGAGGCAGCGUCAAAUUCGAUGUUCAAAUGAUGGCGGUGGUGAGGUUUAAGGCUGGGGGUUGGAGAGCUCGAAGACGCUUUCUUAGGGUUUUCUGUGAUGAUUUAACUGUUUCAUUUUCAUCCAAUUCUACCAAGGGGAAUUUAUCUGGUGGGCCCAGACGGUGUUCUGUUGGAAUCUGAUACUUGUUCUUCUUCAUCUUCUUCUUUCCUUUCAGGUGAUUGUUAAUCUUUGCUAUUAGUUGGUUGUAUAUGAAUUAUGGAACAGAGUUUCUGUAUCACACUAAAAUCACAGGCAUUUUGAUUGUUCUAGCUUCUUUUGUUUUUUUAAUGUCUUUAGUAUUUCACUGUUUCUGUAGAUAGAGUGGUGACUGGUAACAAAUUAUGUACACUUUUAAUGAAUUGUAUAUUAUUAUUAUUAUGCCCUAA